CUGUCGUGUGAAGACAACAAAAGUGACUUACCAUCCACAACCCUAAACCAACCCCUCUCCUCCCUCCACUUCCUUAUAUAUCUUGUUCGAGACUUCUCUUUUGUGUGCUUGAUGUUCAAGAUUUCUCGCUUCAGCAUAAUAAUAUUAUCGCCUGCAUCCACAGUAACAGUACCCCUCUCUUCUUCAUCAUUUCAUGGAGGAUUCUUCAGCUGGUGAAGACACCAAGACUUGCCCUCGUGGCCACUGGAGACCCGCUGAGGAUGAAAAGCUUAGACAACUUGUUGAACAAUAUGGUGCCCAAAACUGGAAUUCAAUCGCUGAAAAGCUCCAAGGAAGAUCAGGGAAAAGUUGCAGAUUAAGGUGGUUCAAUCAGCUGGACCCGAGAAUCAACAGAAGGCCAUUCACGGAAGAGGAAGAAGAGAGGCUACUCGCGGCACAUCGCAUUCACGGGAACAAGUGGGCACUCAUAGCGAGGCUUUUCCCCGGUCGAACCGAUAAUGCUGUGAAGAAUCACUGGCACGUUAUAAUGGCGAGAAAGCAAAGGGAACAGUCCAAGUUAUGUGGGAAGAGAAGCUUCCAAGACGUUUACAACGAUUCCAACAACACGUUCCUCGAAAAAAGAACAACACCACAAUCUCAUCAUCAAGACAUGUUGUUUAGUACGAGAUUUGGGUUAGAGAAUGGAAUAUUCUUCGACUUUCGAAGCCUCGAUAAAAAUAAGGAUGAUAGUAAUAAUAAUAAUCAUAGGAUAGUGUCAGAUACUCCCUCUAGUAAUUCUCUGGCGUCUUGGAAUUUUGGUUCUGUGCCAACCACCACCACCAAAGGAGCGAGAGACAAUUUCAAUAACACUUCUUGUUCUUCUAGUGUUUAUCUCUCGGAAUGUUCCAGAAGCUCAGAUAGAUCUUUUCUUUACAGAAUUUAUCCAAAUCCUGCAUUCUCUCUUCCCAACUACAAGAGGGUUGUUCCAACAAGUCCUUUAAUUAGUACUUUCCUUGGUUCUUCUGAUCAUGAUGGAAGGAUAAAGAAGGACUUGAUGAGUUUCUGUGAUAAUAAUACAAACUCAUCAUCCACAUUCACCAAGUUGAAGGCAUCCACGGAGAAAGAUCAACAACAAACAAAUGAAGAUGAGACCAAUAAUAUCAAGCCCAAGGAAGUUCCUUUCAUUGAUUUUCUUGGUGUGGGUGUCUAAUGACCAAUCAAGGGUUUAAUUAUUUAACAACGUAUUAUGGUACUUAAUUAUAUGAUAUGUAGUUUGAUUAGCUUUCUAGUUUUCACUCUUCCAUUAUGGAUUAAUUCUAGCGUUUAGCAAAUAGCAAUUCUAGUUUAGUUUUGCAUUUAAGGCUAUCGUGAUUAUGAAGCCUUUCAACGUUUCAUCAGGUUGUGUUUAGAGUGAAAAUUUUCCAACUUUUUUUUUUUGUUCAUAACUUUAAUUUUAUCUUCUUGUCCCCGUCUGAGGGAUAAAGCUUUGAGUGCUGAGGAUCUGAUUAAGGGUAGUGAAUGAUUUGUGUGAGAUACACGUUUGCUGCGCGUGGCUUGGAGUUUGGAGCUGUAUGAAUAUAUAGUAAGUGCAUAUAUAAGGUAUUGAAAAUUUGCA